AUGGUCAUAUGUACCCCUCUGUCCUCAGGUCUGGAUAGGAGAAAAAGACUGGCCGACAACAGAGUUCUGAUCACGCAGCAUUUCACCGAAAGAACAGUCACUCCUGGGGGCGAUAUAAGCAUGCAGUGUGCGGCGACAGCUGAUAAGCCACCGCAAUUUGUGUGGGAGAGAGACGGCAUCAUCGUGUCCAGUAAUACGGAUCCAAGGUAUGCUAUAGGCCAAAUCAUGACAACAGACAACUCAGUGGUAGCGCAACUGAACAUCACCAGGGUGAGGGUCGAAGACGGAGGACUCUACUCCUGUACGGCCAAGGAAGGCGAGCAUUCAGCCAGCCACGAGAACAGACUUGAUGUUUAUGGUCCGCCAUACAUCCGAUCUCUACCACCAAUUAAAGUACAGAGUGGAGAAUCUGUAAAUUUAAGAUGUCCAUUCUACGGAUAUCCCAUAAGCAAAAUCGACUGGGAAUACCAAGGCAAACUUCUUACUACAAACAGCCUUUUCCAAACACGUUACAAAAGAUCUAAACACAAAACCAGAAGGAACGCCCCGUUAGUCAACAUCAAUGGAGUGCUCACCAUCCCAGAAGUAACUAAAGAACAAAACGGGGCUAUAUACACUUGUAUUGUGACCAGUCCUUCUGGUGAGAUGGCAAGACGAGCCUUCGAAAUUCAGGUGAUAGAAGCGCCGGUCCUUGAUGAUUUGCUACUAGGAACUAAUCUUCAAGAAGGUCAGAUCGUGAAUAUAUAUUGCAAUGUCAGGACUGGAGACUUGCCGAUACAUUUCGAGUGGUUGAAGGAUGGGAAACGGAUUCCGAGUAAUUUGAAGGUUGUAGAACGAAAUUCAGAGUUAUUCAGCGCUUUGGUAAUUAAGAAAGUUUCAUUAGAACAUUGUGGAACAUAUACGUGCGUGGCAUCGAACCACGUGGCUAAAGUAAACCGUUCUACCGAUCUCUAUAUCAAAGUUGCACCUAAAUGGCUCGAAGAGCCUGCCAACUCCUCACUUCUCCUGGGCAGAAGAGGAGCGGUCUCCUGCAGCGCCAGUGGAUACCCUCAGCCUCAAGUGCACUGGAUGAAGAAAGAUGCGCUUCUAGGCACCUGGCAACCGGUGUUGGAAUUGGCAGGUGGAGGCAUUCUCAGUCUUCCUAACGGGACCCUUGUAAUCGAGGAGGUUUCCCUAACUGAUGAAGGCCUCUACUCUUGCAAUGUAGAGAAUGGAGUCGGACAGCCACUGAGCAAAACUAUUUGGAUGAGUGUAAAUAAACCAGUACACUUCGAGUCUUCAUCAGCUAACGUGACGUCACAAUUAGGACACCCUGUACGUCUCGAAUGCAAACCUCUCGGAGACGAUCCCAUCAGAGUCGCGUGGUCGCAUAAUGGGAAUGUAGUGGAUAUGCAGAACCAACGCAUCAAGUUCUCAGAAGCCAAGACAUCCCUCGGCUUGACAAGUACCAUUAACAUCCAAUACUCGGAGACCAGAGACGCUGGUUACUACCAAUGCCGAGCCAGCAACCCGUACGGAGCUGCUACCUUUAACGUCGAACUUACUAUAUUGGAACCACCAACUCCGCCAUCAGACCUUCGUGUGGAAUCUGUCCGGCCCAGGGCAGCUGUCGUCUCCUGGAGAGAUACCCUGCGGGCCAACGCGAGACACUACUCUCUCCAGUACUCGACUGGCCACUACGCUCAUACGUGGGAUCAUGCUGUCACCAUGAACGUUACGAGGAAAGACACAGACGUCCGUCAGUCAGUAGAACUCCAAAACCUUCGACCAGCAACGGCGUACAUAGCCAGAGUGGCGACAGGCAAUCAGGUCGGAAUCAGCCAGUUCACUGCACCGGUGCAUUUCACUACACAUGAAGAAGCCCCAUCUUCACCCCCUACAAACGUGCAAGCAGAACAGACAGAGAACCCAGGAGAGUUGCAGGUAUCAUGGAUGUCGCCUCUCAAGGAAACUCAUAACGGAGUCAUCAUAGGCUACCAUGUUAAGGCCGUUGCACAGAAUUCUGGAGCAGAUGAUUCCGAUUCGAGGACGUUAAAGGUAUCACAAUUGUCUGGAAAGCAAGAAACUUUGCUUAGCGGACUCUUGAAGAACACCAAAUAUGCAGUAUCAGUCUCAGCCUUUACCAGUGCAGGAUCUGGACCAUUCUCGCUGCCAGUAUUCCAAGACACAAGAGAAGGCGCCCCUGAACAAGCCCCGUCAUCAGUAGAAUGUACUGCCACCUCAUCAACUUCCCUCAGGGUUGGCUGGCAGCCUAUAGCACUGCCUGGUCAGGGCAGUUCUCUUGUUGGAUACUCCGUACUUUACGCUACGGAAGAUGGCGCCUGGCACAACCAAACAGCACUCCACACGGAACUCUAUCUGCAGAACUUACAAAAGUACACAAAUUUCACCAUCAAAGUGGCGGGAUUUUCCAAUUUUGGCACUGGACCAUAUUCAUACCCAAUUAUCUGCGCUACACUUCAAGAUGUUCCUGGACCGCCUGCGGACAUUAAAAUGUUAGUUCUGUCGUCAACGUCACUUCUCGUCAGUUGGAAGAAGCCAGAUCAUCCGAACGGGGAGAUAUUAUACUAUACUGUAUAUGUGAAGCCAGCUGCUAGUGGUGGAACAGCAAGACGCGUGCGUGCCGAAGGGACCCGGCGUAGUGCGGAAAUCCGCGAGGUGACUGCGGGCCGCGCGUACGACGCGUGGGUGCGCGCCGCCACCGCCGCCGGCGAGGGCGCGCCCUCACGCACGCUCACCAAGGCGCCUGAUCAUCGAGUGGUAGCAGGAGUAGCGUCUUUAGGUGGAACGAUAUCAGUAGGCGUGGGUCGGUCGGUGCUGCUGGUGUGCCAGUGCGUGGGCGCGCCGCCGCCGCGCACCGUGUGGUACCACCAGCACAACAUCAUCACGCACCACCCGCGCUUCACCAGGAACCACGACGAUAGUCUGCUGAUUAAUAACAUAGAUCAGUCCCUCAGCGGGAACUACACUUGCCUCGCCAAGAACCUCUAUGGUUCUGAUUCAGUGGAAUACAACGUGAUAGUCCUCCCGCUGCCUGAGUCCCCAGUCCUCCGAGCCACUCCGUACAAGGACUCGAUCCUGGUGGAGUGGGAACAGCCGUUCUAUAUCACCAACAGAAGCUCUAGCCAAAAGAUAAGUUACAGCCUAACUUGGAAGGAAGCGAACGGUCCAUGGCAAGAAGCCUGGCCGUCCAAUAAGUUGCCCAACAUGUCGGGAGUCCAGAAACACACGCUAACCGGCUUGAAGUGCGGGACCAAGUACUCGUUGAGAAUCACGGCUACCAAUAAGGUUGGGACUUCCCAACCUGCUUACAUGGACGUCAGUACCCUGGGAGGAGUACCAAUCCCACCAUCAACGAACGAGUGGUUGUGGAGCAACUGCACCCACAUCUACGUGCAGCUAGCGGGAUGGGAUGACGCUGGCUGCGAGCUGAGAGGAUGGGAUGUAGAGUACCGUCAGCUUGGAAGCCGAGUAUGGACCCGGGCGCAUAAUACUAUGGCUUACUCAGACAUACCGUCGUGGAGCCUAGCGCCACUCUACCAACCCAAGAGUCCGUACCGACCAGGGUCGUUCGCGAUAGGCGAUCUGCGACCAGCCACGUGGUACCAGUUGCGGAUGACAGCUUCCAACGAAGCUGGGAGUGUCACUACAGUAUAUAGCUAUGCUACUAAGAAUGAGGAUGGAAGCGAAGUUGGUCCACCAUCAGAUUUGUUUGACUUGAACAUGCUGGUGAUCAUCUGCAGCUCUAUUUUGCUGACGCUAUGUUUGUUGAGCUGCGUGUACAUACUCGUCAAAAGGCAAAGGGGAAACCUGACAGAGUACAGGGACUCCAUAACCGUGGAGAACAAGUCAGAGAGCGGGAACGUGACAGCCAACACUUCGCACACUAACCUGGCCAAUGUUAAGGAGAACUCUGUCAACCCUCAAAACAGGAUAUACAGCGCGCCGAUACACAUGAUGAAUAAUAGUAAACAUGAAUUGUACGAGAUCAGCCCGUAUGCGCAGUUCGCUGUCGGCUUUAGAACAUUCGGUCACGUGGAAAAUCAGGACUUACCCAAUCGACAUAAGAGAUAUGACACUGAGACGAGUUUCCAAGUGUGUUCUGAGUCGGAAGACAGCGACAGCAUAUCCAAAUCUACACUGAAGAGUGUACCUAGAAAAGUAUGCAGAACUCCGCAUCACAGGUAACUAGCCAAAGAAUUAUCAUUCUAAAUGAUAAUACAAAAAGGAAUUUCUUUUCGUGGACCAUCUACGUCUAGUGUAUAACCGUUUCACUAUAUCUAAGGGCUGUUUCACAUCUGAGUAAACAAUCAUCAUAUUUAGAUUUUAGCAAAGUUCAAGCUAACAGAAUGGCGAGCAGUACUGUGUGUUAGCGGAAUCAUUUGGAGCCACUUUUGACUUCAUAACUCAAAAAGCGAUUUUACAUAAACGUGUCAAAUUUGGCUUAUAUAUUAAGAUUUGCGAGAUUCAUAUCGAUGGUUAGCAGCAUCCGCCACCUAUGGACUUAAGCAAUGCCAGCGGCAUAGCCAAGCCGUUGCAUACCAGAUGGUGAGCACUUUUUUUAAAGAAUGACAAGCGAUCGAGAAAUACAGAUGUAAGGAGAUCAAUCCAAAGUUUGCAUUACAUUGUGAAACAAGCCCGUAUUCUUACUGCCAUAAUUGUAAAAUUUUAGUAAACCCCAUGAUAAAAUUAUAAACAUUUCAAACCACACAGAUUUGAGUCAUAAUACCAUCGAAUUGGGAUUCAUAUUUCUGUGUAGUAUUGUUUUAAUGAGCGAUGAACUUGUCAUACAAUAAAUAAACAAUUGUAUUGUCUAUAAUGAUCGAUUGAUGUCAAUAAAAGAUCCUAAUUUCAAUCUUAUAUCUGAUAGGGAAAAUUAACC